UGAAUGUGGAAUAAAUAACCACCACUACGCACUCACGGCGACACAACGUGGUGAGCAUCAUGGCUCCCACUCCUCCCCCGGAUCGCCGUCCCAUAAUCAUAUCCGGUCCUUCAGGCGUUGGCAAAGGCACCCUUUACCAGAAGCUGUUUGACGCACACCCAGACACCUUUGCCCUAUCUGUUAGUCAUACAACGCGCAAGCGGCGGCCUCAUGAAGUCGAGGGGAAAGACUAUUUCUUUAUUUCCCCUGCCGAGUUUCCCGCCUUGGUCUCUCAAGGCGCCUUCGUGGAAUACGCGUUGUUUAAUGGGCAUUACUACGGAACCAGCAAGAAAGCUAUAGAAACCCAGAGGGCAAAGGGGCUAGUGGUUGUGCUUGAUAUUGAGAUGCAGGGUGUUCAACAGAUGAAAGAAAGUGGGUCUAUUGAUGCUCGAUAUGUCUUCAUCAAGCCACCGAGCUUCCACGCUCUCGAGGCCCGUCUGAGGAACCGAGCUACUGAGGAAGAAGUAGAUAUACGGGAGAGGUUGACCCAAGCUCGAGUUGAGGUAGAAUAUGCGGAGACGCAAAACGAUGUUUACGAUUUGAUCAUUAUCAAUGAUGAUUUGGAAAAAGCAUAUAAAGAACUUCACGAUUUUGUAUAUAGUCCGAUAUAAUUAGAUAGUCUGUUUGCUAGGUUUUCGAUAUCGAGUUGAAUGUCUGUAUUAGUGUUAUUCGAUAUUAUAUAGUUUCAUAAUAUUGAUACUAGAUGCAUUCUUCAA